AUUCACGUUUUUCAUAAUCGAUCAUCAUCGAACGCAGCUAAAUCGAGCGUACUGCGUGUAUCCGAACGGCGCAGCUGUCAGGUUGGCAACAUUGAAAAAAGAAAAACGUACUUGACUAACUUCAUUUCGAAGCGUGUGCGGCUUAUGUUUACGAUUUUAUUUCGUGUUCGAUUUUGUAUAAUUUAUAAUUUGGCAAAGAAAAGCAUAAUUGGUUGUAAAAAAUAUAUAAUAAGAUACCUUUUACAUAUAGUACAUAUUUUCAAAAUGAGUGAAGAUAAGGCAAGGUUAAAGGCUCUCGUCGCCGAGCGGGGAUAUAUCAAGGGGACUUUGUCACGGCUAAACAACUUUUGCCACGAUGCUGAUGCAAUGGCGGCUACCUCGCGUGAGGCCUUACGUGAAAAACGUCUUCGCAUGUCGGAGGCUUUUCAAGAAUAUAUGCAGUUAAACAAGGCGAUUCUAGUGCUGGCCGACGAGGACGCUGAAAAUUACGGCGAAUAUGAGGACAAAUAUUACGAGUCUGUUGGGCUGCUGGAUAAGGCCUGCUCGGGUCCACAAACCGAGGCCAAACCGAAUGGCGGUGAGAAUUCUAACCCAGAGAAGCGUGCAUUGGCACUGGAAAACACCUCGGAGGAGAAGCAGCCAUCAUUUACUGCUAAGUCUACGCGAGCUCCUAAGGUCAGCGGGGUAGCGGCAGCAGAGAAGCCUCAGCCAGCAUGUCUUGCAGCGUGAAUCGCUGCCCCUCACGCCGUCUGGGCCGUUUUUAAUUAACACCUGCUUCGGAUAUGUUGUCGCCGGGACUCUACCAGUUUCAUCUGGCAAGAUUUAUUCUUCUAAUCACUGUAUUAAUAUUAAAGUAAGUGAACCCGUGCAUACAUACCUAUCAGGGCAGGCAGCAAAAACAAAUUUAAUAUCUGACUUGUCUGAACCUCAAAAUGAUAAUUCAUUAUUAAGACAAUGUGAGCAAGACGCUUUAUUAUUUGAUUUAAAUAAUAAUAUUAAUAAUUUCUGGCAAU